AUGUGGAUGGGAAGUUCAUUUGGACUUCGGCUAUCUAUUCUUAUUGCUGCUUGGGCAAAUGGUAUUGGCGGAUCCAUUCGUCUUGUCAGCUCGUUUGUGCCCGGUGAAAUGCGAUUUCCAGUUGGUAUUUUUGGGCAAGCAAUAGCUGCUCUGGCUUAUCCGUUCAUCAUGUUUCUUCCACCAAAGGUUAGCUAUUCCUCAUAUCCUUAUCUUUUGUUUCGUUCUCGCCAUCGAUCUAGCAACUGA